AUGCAGACGCUCAAAACACCAAGUACUCUUACCAUGUCCAACCAUCCUAUCGACCAAUUGGAUCUCCAUGUCCCUGGCAGCGACAGCGCCAACAGCACUGUUGGAAUCAGGAAGCGCGACAAGUUCCUCAAGUUCUGUGGCUUCUCCAAGGCCAAGUCCAAGGAGGUCCAGCCCAAGGCCUCAAACCAGUCGCCUCACUCUCGACCUGCUUCACAGCAGUCCACCCGACCGUCGUCUAAUGUCGCCCAGGUCGACAACGUGCUCCCAGGGAACAAGCUCUCCUCCAUCAUGACCCAGGUCGAGAGUGAGCCUUCAAGCCACAUCAACUCUGUUCCUUCCUCCGGCAUUGUGCAGGAUGAGCAUACGUCACAACAAUCGACACAACCUCUGUCUGUUGUCUCCCAAGUCAGCAGCUCUCCUUCAGGCAGCAGCCAACCUACUUGUACCACCGACAACCGGUCUACUUCUCUUACAAGCGACAACCAGUCUACCCCUUCCAGCAUCGCGCAGGAGAGGGUACUUUUUGCACCCCUUUACACAUCGUGUAUUCUCGAGGACAUUUUUAACGAGGAUGUGCCCAAGCCAACCAUCAAAACCGAGUUGCCACAACUUCAGCAACGCAUCAAGAUGACGCAGCAAUUGGUCUACUGCAAUACCUUACUUCUUCAAGAUUCAUUGUCGCUAGUCGUUGCAGCUACUGUAGAAGGUGCGGACAACGGUGGUCCCCUUGUCCUUCAGGAACCCGCCCUCGCCAAGGCCGAGCUCGACUGGCUGGAUACGACAAAGAACGACUUGAUGGAAGCGGAUCGCCUGCGCUGGCUGGCCACUCGGGUGGUGGAACAGUUUGUUGCGGAUGUCAACAAGGAUUCCGCCAAGAUCGCCGAGAUUGUCAUUCUGGGACCCGUCUUGCAGAAGGAGCCUUACCACAAGCUGCUCUCGACUUUCUUUGAGAGGUUUGGCGAUGUUAGUAUGCUGAACGUUGAUAUGUUGCAAGGUCUUGUUCAGCUGCUUCAGUUUGCCUCUCCUGGGUACCUGGAAUCGGAUGACUUAGUUAAGAUCCUCAAAAUCAUCAGGGAGCGCCUAGAAAGCACUCAUCAUCAGUCGACCGAACACUCCUACCACCUUACUCUAGCUGUCUCCAGGGUUCUCGAUGUUAUGGCGGACCACAAAGUACAGGAUCUGGAUCGUGUUCUCCAACAUGAGCCACUGUCGGCAGUCUUGUCGGGACUGAAAGAGAGCUCGGACCCUUAUCUACUUUACCAGGCCUGCUAUGCUUUCCAGGCUCUCCAGUAUGUGCCUGAUGACGAGAGCGCUCUUCAAACUGUGUGGAGGCACUCGACCGGUGUGGUUCACGGUCUGGUCAAAGUCACUGCCGUCUUCAAGCUGGAUCUGCCGUCGGUACUCGAAGGUCUGGGUAACCUGCAGGAGGCUCUUGGAAGCACGAUAUCAGUGGCUGGUACUGUGUACGAGGGCAUCUGUUCGUUGAUGGAGAGCGGCCGAGGUGUCCUGGAUAGUUUGAAGGAGGGACUUGGAUCUGGCCAGAAGCGACUUUGGUAUCCUGCUGUCAAGGCUGCCUAUGCUUUUGCCCAAGCUGGCCAACUGAAAGAUCUAAAGGUGUUGAUCUUUGAGGCUCCUUGCCGUCGCGAUCCUUUGUUCCAGUGGGGGAUCUGUCAGCUUAUGGGCGAGAUUGCAAUUGACCCAGUUUGGCCUAUUCUUGCACGCCAGCAAGCUGCCACUCUCCUCGGUCAUCUCUGCCAGCACGAUCAAGACUGGGGCCGAGAUGAGAGUGUCAAGGCAUGGAUGCUCACCAUCAUAACCAAGCUAUGCGCCUCCUUCGGCCAAGCCGUCAGUGAGACCGCCCGUCCUGUGCUGCAGGAUCUGACAGUGAACCAAAGUGCCUUGACUAAGCACCCUUACCCACUGAGGGCCCGUCUUCCUAUCCCAGAUACUUCGCCACUCCUUGCCAAGGUCCAAAACAUCCCGCACCUAGAGUAUGAACUGCACAAGUUCCGGCUGCAGCGAUUAGAGGAGGCCAAACUGCCGGUCUACAUCGCUCCUAUGGCCAAGGCCAACCUUCAGGCCCGCGACGACGAACUCUUCCCCCUCAAGGAGAAGGUCCAAGAGUUCCUGGCCAGCAACCGACAGGUCAUGUUGAUCUUGGGUGACUCUGGAGCAGGCAAGUCGACCUUCAACAAGCACCUUGAGUCCGAGCUCCUGCGCACAUACACCCGCAGCGGCUCUAUCCCAUUGUCCAUCAACUUACCCGCCAUCUACCAACCAGACAGGGAUCUCAUUGGGGAGCAUCUGAGGACUAACAAUUUUUCUGAGGGACAAAUCCAGGAGAUGAAACAAUAUUGCCAAUUUGUCCUCAUUUGUGACGGGUACGACGAGAGCCAGCUCACCGUCAACCUUCACACCAGCAACCUUUUCAACCGCCCAGGUCAGUGGAACGUCAAAAUGGUGAUCUCCUGCAGGACUCAGUAUCUUGGUCAAGACUACCGCUGCCGGUUCAUCCCCGACGGCACUGGCCAUUACACCCGCCAAGCUACCGAGCUCUUCCAGGAGGCCGUGAUCGCGCCUUUCUCCAAGGAGCAGAUCAAGGACUAUGUCGAACAGUACGUCCCCCUCGAGCCACGGACCUGGACCACCAAGGAUUACAUGGACAGGUUGACCACCAUCCCCAACCUCAUGGAUAUUGUCAAGAACCCCUUCCUUCUCUCACUGUCGCUGGAGGCGCUGCCAGGAGUCACCGAGGGCAAGCAGGAUCUGUCGGCCAUCAAAAUCACCCGUGUUGAGUUGUACGACACUUUUGUGAGGCACUGGCUGGCUGUCAAUAGCCGACGGCUUCAAAGAAACGUCUUGACCAGGGAGGAUCGAGAUAUGCUGGAUCAACUAUUGGAGGCGGGGUUUAUUUCGAUGGGUGUUGGCUAUGCUACCAGGCUGGCGUCGGCGAUCUUUGAGCACCAGGACGGAAACCCGGUGGUACAGUAUGUCCACGUGAAGGACAAGAGGUCGUGGAGAGCUGAGUUUUUUGGACUUGACCCUGAGGCCCGAAUGCUGCGAGAAUCGAGUCCGCUCACCCGCACUGGAAAUUUAUACCGUUUCAUACACCGGUCAAUGCUCGAGUAUUUUUUUUCUCUCGCUGUCUUUGAUCUCAACAGUCACAACGACCGCGAUGAAUUUGCUCCGCAGUCCGAUAGUUCCACUGACCCUGCGUUGCUCGACGCCGAAGGUCCCUUGUUCAAGCGCAGCCUCCUCGCCGAGCCAUCGGUCAUCCAGUUCCUGUGUGAGCGAGUCAAGCAGCACCCUGAUAUCGGGAAGCAGCUCCUAGCCGUCAUCGAGCAGUCUAAGACAGAUACCAGUGCUGCUACCGCUGCCGCCAACGCCAUCACCAUUCUUGUCCGAGCAGGAGUCCAUUUCAACAGCGCCGACCUUCGAAGCAUCCGGAUCCCAGGUGCAGAUCUUUCCGACUGUCAGUUUGACUAUGCUCAGUUUCAAGGAGCCGAUUUGACGGGUGUCAACUUUGCAAGGAGUUGGCUGAGGCAGGUGGAUUUCGGUGAUGCGCAAAUGGAUAGUGUUCGGUUUGGGGAGCUGAUCGAGGAACGCGCCGCAGUCAAUGCCAUCGCCUUUUCACCUGAUGGGAAGUCAUUUGCUGUCGCUCUGCGUGAUGGAGGCGUUACUACUUACGACACUACAAAAUGGACUCGAGUCCGUCAACACAAAGAACAGAGUGAGGUGCUGAGUAUCGCCUUUUCACAUUGCAACCAACACCUUGCGCUUGGGAACAAAAACGGGAACUGUCGAUUAUGGAGUACUGUCAGUGGCAAGAUUUUGUUGGUCAUGGAGGGGCACACUGAGCGGUUGAACUCAGUGGCAUUUUCACCCUGUGGCAAGCAAAUUGCAUCGGCUAGCUCCGACAGAACGAUUCGGUUGUGGAGCACGGAGACAGGAGAGUGCGUCUUUGUCUUGAACGGCCAUAAAUUGAACGUUUCAAGCGCUAUAUAUUCAGCCGAUGGACGGAGACUUGUGUCGGGGAGCAGGGAUGGAACUAUUAGGGUGUGGGAUCCGGAGACAGGAGCACUAGAGGCUGGUUGGCCCAUCCCCCGUAUUGGUGCUCCUUGCGUGGCCCUUUCUGCAGAUGGACGGCAGUUCGCCUUCAUUACUGGUGUGAGAAGAGGCGAGAUUCGCCUGAUGGAUGCCAUCACCGGAAAGACGGAUCUAACUCUCGAUAACGAUACGGACUGGCUAGAAGAUGUUGCAUUCUCUCCAAAUGGCGAGUUGAUAGUCUCGUCAAGCAGGGACAACAUCGUUCGACUGUGGGACACAUCGAGUGGACAACUUAUCUCCAGGCUGUCAGGUCAUCGCAAUGAGAUCACUAUCUGUACCUUUUCCCCAGAUGGCCUACAAAUUGCUUCAGGAGAUCAGGACGGGAUUAUUCGACUCUGGGAGGUGAACACCAUCAACCGGUCGAGUUCUAACACACAAGAACUUGCCGCCAAGGUUCGAACUGUUGCAUACGCCCAUGACGGUCUGUGUAUAAUCUCUAAUCGUAUCAACAACACCAUCCAACGCUGGGACUCUUCUACAGGAGCUUCCAGGUCCAUUCCUUUACCGUCCGCACCCAAUGUCUACUCGGUCGCGAUUUCACCGAAUGGCCAUUGCUUGGCGAACGGUUGCGAGUCCGGGAAGAUUCGGCUGUUAAACACCCAAACCGAUGUUGUUGAGCGCAUUAUCCUCGGACCUAACCCCUACCCAGUCGUUGAUGUGAGUUUUUCGCACUGUGGGCGGUGGUUGGCCUCAGGCGACAGUGACGGGGUUACACGACUGUGGGAUCUUGAUAGUACUGAUGAUCAAGGCAAAGUGGUGGGUGAGAGAGCCAGUCUGAGGAGCCUGGGAGGAUCCGUGGUGUUUUCCCCCGUCGGAGAUCAGUUUGCGGUUGGAUCGCCAUCGGACUCACCCCGCUCAUAUAGACUUCGUCUUUUUGAUCCUCGAAAGACAGACCUUCGCCAACCUCUGAAGGAAUUAUGUUUAUCAGAUUGGCUACACUCGAUGGACUACUCACCAGAUGGCCAGCGACUUGUACUCGGUACUGACGCCUCCUCGGUCAUGCUUCGAGGCCUUCAGUCGGAAGAGCCUGACGUUAAUCUGGAAGGCCAUACAGAUGCGGUGCUCAGCGUCGCCUACUCUCCUUGCGGCAAGUGGAUCCUCUCUGGCAGUCGCGACAAGACGGCUCAACUCUGGUCAGGCGAGGUCGACAGUUGGUCCUGUGUUGCUGUUGUUAAUGGAUGUUCAGAGGCCGUCACAAGCGUAGCAUGGAAUCCGGUAGUGCCGAUGGAGUUUGUCACUGGUUCCGAUGAUGGGUCUGUUCGAGUGUGGCGGAUUUCGAAUGUCGAGGCAGGAGAUGUGUCGAUUCGUAUGCACUGGGGCUCUCACAUUGGGCGGCUGUGCGCCGCUGAUCUGACUUUCAAGGGAGCCGUUGGUCUCAGUCCGAUCUACCGCAAGUUGUUGGUCCAGCGUGGUGCUGUUCACGACUCGUCGCCUCCGGAGGAAGUUGAUGGAUCGAACGAGGAAGAGAUUGAGGUGGCUGUUGCUUGA